UGCGCGAGGAGGAGUGCGUGUCGGGGGCAGCUGCUCGUGGCUCCUGUGGGUGAUAACUGCCCUCUCCUGCCUGCUGCCCAUUCAUGCUCGGGCUGACCACCUGCAGCACCGUGUCCGCGCGCUUCCAGGCUGUGUGUGUCUUCGCCAGAAAGAAAGGACUCCGCGUGCGUGCUGCGCGUGCGUAUGCGUCUCUGAAUGACGGGCGGACGGUUUGAUUUUGACGAUGGAGGCACGUACUGUGGAGGCUGGGAGGACGGCAAAGCCCACGGUCACGGCAUCUGCACCGGGCCGCAGGGUCAGGGCGAGUACUCCGGAGCCUGGAGCCACGGCUUCGAGAUAGUGGGGGUUUACACCUGGCCCAGCGGGAACACCUACCAGGGCUACUGGUCACAGGGAAAACGCCAUGGGCUCGGAGUGGAGACCAAAGGCAAGUGGAUUUAUCGGGGCGAGUGGAGCCACGGCUUUAAGGGCAGGUAUGGAGUCCGGCAGGGCAACAACACACCGGCCAGGUACGACGGCACGUGGAGCAAUGGACUUCAGGAUGGGUACGGAGUGGAGACUUACGCAGAUGGGGGCACGUACCAGGGACAGUGGAUGGGUGGGAUGCGGCACGGUUAUGGAGUCAGGCAGAGCGUUCCAUACGGAAUGGCUACAGUGAUCCGCUCUCCUCUCCGGACCUCACUGGCGUCCCUGCGGAGUGUCCAGAGUAAUGGCGCAGUGGUGCCGGACACAGCAGCUGAGCAGCCAGUCAGCACCCGUGGUGGCUUUGUGCUCAACUUCCACAGUGACAGCGAGGUGCUGGCAGGCAGGAAAAAGAAGCCAGGCCUUUUCCGGCGGGGCUCGCUGUUUGGAAGUCUGCGGCAGCUCCGCAAGUCUGAGUCCAAAAGCUCCAUCUCCAGCAAGAGGAGCUCAGCCAUGAGCCGCAUCAGCUCCAGCGAUGGCAACUCCACCAUCAGCUACGGUGAUGGAGAGGCAACUGACGAAUUCCCACCGAUGGAGGACAAUGUGGACGCCACUACCACCGAGUCGUACAUGGGCGAGUGGAAGAACGACAAGCGCAACGGAUUUGGCAUCAGCGAGCGAUCCAACGGCAUGAAGUAUGAAGGGGAGUGGCUGAACAACAAGCGGCAUGGAUACGGAUGCACCGUUUUUCCGGAUGGAACCAGGGAAGAAGGAAAGUACAAAAACAACGUUCUGGUGCGCGGGAUACGGAAGCAGAUAAUUCCACUCAAAAAUCCCAAGACCAAAGAGAAAGUGGAGCGGGCCGUGGAGGGAGCCAGGAGGGCCGCCGCCAUCGCCAGGACAAAAGUGGAAAUAGCAGCUUCAAGGACAGCCCAUGCCAGAGUGAAGAGUGAAGCAGCAGAUCAGGCUGCAGUCGCUGCUGGUCAUGAAUCAGAUCUGGCCAGAACUGUGGCAAGAGAACUGUCCCCCAGCUUCCAUCAACCAGGCCCAGAUUACAUCAAGCAAAAACUCAGCGAGCAUGUGGAGGAGAUUAACGAGGCCCCACCACAGGAAGAAAAGAAAAAAGAGAAAUCAUCAACCGGAAGCCCCUUUUAUCGACGUGGCACAACUCCGUCCCACUCGCCUGCCCAAAGCCCCACCCCAUCUCCACCAACCUCACCAAAAAAGAAGAGUCAGCAGGUCAACAGCAGUGUCACUCGCAAGAUAAGCAAAGACAACACUACUAUAGGUCGUAAAAUAAGCAAAGAAGAAAGGGCCUUCAUUGUGGCAGAGAUAGCCAAAGUACCUGCUCUACCAGCACCACCAGCACCAGCACCAAUCAAACUGCAAGAAGUUCCCCCACCAAAGCCCCCCAAAGUUAAUGAACCAGCGCCCAAUCCCGUUAGCACAGGCAAUGGGCAGCUGCACAGUGCUUACCACAGCUACUUGGUGAAGGCAACUGUAAAGGUUCCUCCACCAGAGGAACCAGAGGAUGAUGAGCCAGAGAUGACCCAGUCCAGUCUGGCCAGGAUGCCUCCAUCCCCACCUAAACUGUUCAGGACACCAAGCCCCAAACCAGAGCCCAAGCUCAGGAAACAGGAAUCUAUAAAGCCAAAGAGCCUUGCAGAAACCAAGAAAGCUAGCAUGGAACUCGCCAAUGAGGUAUUAGAAGAAGAAACGGGUCCUAAUUCAGUUUUAGUUGCCAUGGUAAUGCUUUUGAAUAUUGGAUUGGCAAUCAUUUUUGUUCACUUCUUGACAUGAUGGAGUGGCAUCUCAGCGCAGUGUCACUGGCCUUUAAGAAAACAAAGUGACACCAAGCAGAGUCUUGGCAGUGGCAGCAGUAAAAUCAACGUAUGGAAGAAGUUUGAGAUAUGCAGCACGUUUUUGGAGGAAGACCAGCCCUCAGUAAAGAAGUGUGGCUCUUUUAGUCAUGUAAAGGACUAAGAAGAAACCACAGGUGAAUAAAAAAACAGAAGAUUUGUAAGAGAAAGUAAAGUAAAGAGUGCUUAUCCAAGUCAUUGCCUGUGAAGAGUGGAGCCUCUCUGUGUGCAGAGACUUUACUGAAAAUGUUGGGAGAUGCUCUUUAAACGUGACGGGCACAAACAGCUGCCUCGCUCUUUUGCCGUGUGACGUGUAAGUGGGGAGAUGUGCACUCGGUGCCAGAGGAAUUUGUUCAGGGAACUUUGUUGCGCUCCAGCAAUCACGCCACACCGGCCAGAGGAAACCAAACACACACGACGGUGUCACUCUCCGCUCUUAUAGCGUUACUGACCCUCUGCUGCUUCUUCCAUCCUCUCCUGCGUUCUUUUAACGAGACUUGAUUUAACACGCCCUGUGCAUGGUACCAUUUAUUACUGAUGAAAUGUUUUUGUUUUGUUUUCUUUUGUGUGUUGUUUCUCUUCAUGUUAGCUUUUAUCCUUCAGCGUUCAGCCGUAGAGGUUAUUUGAAUUAAAACAUAUAUGCUGAAAAAAGUACACUAUUGUUCAAAAGUUUGGAAUCAAAACAAUUUUUCUGAUUUUAAAUACGAACAUACACUGUUAACAAUGAAAGCCAGCUCUGCCUAAAAUGAUAAGGUUACUGAUUACACUGCUUUUCUUGAGCCAGCUCAACUUGAGGACACUAGUUGAGUUCAACUGACUCAGAUUUUGAGUCAAAUGUUCUCCUAACUCUCAUUUUUUUUGGUAAUGCAUCUCUGUAGUAAACAAUAUCGAAUGCAUGUUUUUACUCAUUUUCCCCAGCAGCGGUCUUUCUAUCAGACAAUUCCCAUUUUCUCCUCUGGGGCUCCGACUUAUGGAGGGGAUGGCACUGUGGUUCAAACUCACAGCCUCCUUAAAGUAGUUUGAUUUCUGUGUUUAAUACAUUGUAAAAGUUAUUUGUAUACAUAUAUAAAGUACAUUUUAAAAAUAUAAAAGUAUAUUAAAGUAAACUUUCCACAUUUGCUAGAUUUCCACAACAAGCAGAAUGUGAGUUGGGUAUGCUGGAUUGAGCCAAAUAACUGUAAAUAAAAGAGAGCAGUAAAUGCAUUCAUUGAGACACAUCAUGGGGAAAAGUUCUUCUAACUUUGUGCUGGGGCAGCACUGAGUAGUGUUUGCUUAUUUCAUAGCAUAUGUUAAUUGCAAAUAUGUAUAUGACAGCUAAUCAUCAGCUAAAAUUGUAUGACUGUAACAGCCCUAAAAGUUAUGCAAUAGCAUGUGGUGCUACUGGCUAAUAAUUCACCCCAGCAUCAGGAGGUUGUGAGUUUGAACUCCAGUGAUCCUAUAGCUGUCCAUAUCUGGAAGCUCAAGAGAAGAAAAUCCCUUGUGGAAUUGUGUAAUGAAAAGAGUGGCAGCCAGUGGGGAGUAAAAACAAAUUCUGCAUCGUUUGCUUAACCAAGAAACUAGAAAUGAGAGUUUUGACUAAACUAAAAGCUGGGUGAAUUCUGGUGUCCUCAAGUUGAGUUAACUGAAGAAAAGCAGUGUAAUCAGCUACCUUAUCAUUUUAAAUUGAGCUUCUCAUUUUUUACAGUGUAGCGAUAACACUUUACUGUUGGGCAGUGUUCAUAAGGCAACACAGCACCUACAUGAACCUACAUAAACGUUUAUACAGGCUUAUUCCAGCAAUCCUGUGUAGGAGUCAUGUAGCCUAACGAAUGUUGCCCUUCAGUAAAGUGUUACCAUAAUAACUUAUACAGUGUAGAUUUGAAUAUUACAAACUGUUCACCGAAAGGUAUUUUUAGAUGCUUUAUGCAUUAUUUCAAGAAUUCUGUGAGGUAAAUGAUAACUAAUAUACUGUAAAUGAUCUUAUUACAUUAUUUUCUGUUGUUAUCUGCCUUGAGAUUUGAUCUCCACUUUUGAAAUAUGAUGCAUCCUGGAUAUUCAUUUUAUUAUGACGUAAUGCCUUAUGUUCUUCAACGUUCUUAGCCAUUGUAGAAUCUUCUACAGCAUUUAGCUGCAACAAAAUUGGUUUAUAUUAUUGACAACAGUAUUGCUUCCAAGCUUUUGAACUGUACUGCAUCUGAUUUAAAUGUGUUCAUCAUUUCCACAUGAAUAAAAUCUGUUAUAUCCACAUAACUACUGUCUUACUUUUGGCAGUAAUUGUGCUGAUGUAAUAAAUUUUAUUGACGUAGAACUGAUAUACACAUUCUGCACCACCUUUUCAGCAAAUUACUGUCAGUAGUCUAUUUUAGAAUUAUUUUCAAAGAAUAUGUUUUAUGAGAUGUGCAAUAAGCUUUAUUUAAAACAAAAAAAAGCAUUAUAUAUCGAACCACUGAGAAGCUUUUUAGCCCCCAAAAAAUCAUGUUGUUCUGUAUUCAAUUAGAAAUGAAAACGAAUAUGACUGAAAGAGAUGAAGCCUGCGGUGAUUAAGAUAUGUGAUUACUUAGUGUAGGGGAGAGCGGAGCACAAAAUGAAACAUUUUGUUUUUUGCUAAAUAAUUUUAAAAGUAUUUGAACAAGAUGAAUAAUAGUAUUCAUGUGACAACUUCAUGCUCGUAGGUGGGGUUAACUGUAACAGACUGAGGGGUGAGCUGUAAUAGUCGCUGAGUCUGGUAAACUGAUGCAAAACAAUUUAUUCAGAAUUUGAUUGAUUUGUUCCAACCUAAAUACAUAAAAAUGUCUCCAUUAAUAUAAAUAUGAUUACUGAAGAGAGGCUGUGCUAAAUGUGGCAAAUUAAUUUUUGACAAUAUAGUAGAACAGCAAAAUAUCGGCAUGAUAAAAUUUAAAUAGAUUUAUUUACAUGCUAUCUAUAGCACAUUUUUAUGAGUCGUAAUAACUUCCAAAAAUGAACUAUUCUGAAUGUAUAAAGGGGGAUAUUGGUUUCUCUGAUUGUUCACUUUGGGGGUCUCAAGGUCAAUUUAUGCUUCUGCAUGCCGGACAGCCACGUACCCUACACCGUAGCCUGAUGCGCACCUCCCCAGAAAUGUAACUACAUGUCACUGUGACACAGACCGCAACAAGCAUGAUUGGUCCACAUGGUAGCAACGCAUUUCCUCCUACACAUUUGGCUACACACUACGCUUCUCAGUCUUCACCUCCAUUUUUUUAAUUCAGGAUGAACAUGCAUCAAGUUGAGGAGAGAUAUCCUAAGUAUAGAAAAUAAAAACUUAUAAUAGCGACUAUGACUGUUAAGUCUGAUUGAUGUUGGAGUGACAGGAAGCCGAAAUCAAACCUGUUCUGUGGUGUUCUAAGCAGUAGCCUGCUAGGCUAAGCUAACGCAAGCGUACUGAGCCUCCCACCGCAGUACAUCGGUUCCAGCUAACAGAUGUUUGAAAAAGUGUCUGAGAGCACAAAUUCAAAUGUCUGCUGAUGAAGUGACAGGAAGAUGAAAAAUGGUGCAAUUGCAGAGCAACACUGACACCAACGCACAAGUAUACAUACUUACAACGGCGUAGGCCAUUUACAUGGCUAUGGUGUAGACUCUGCUUUGAUUCAAUGCAGAAGCAUAUAUCAGCUUUUAGUUGUAACAGUAUGUUAAAUUAACCCUGCCGUGUGGAGGCCUGCCUAGCUCUCACUGUGACCUGUUUAUUUGCCUCUAAAUGGUGCUGUAUUACAGCCACCGAGAGGGAGAUUAAAAUAAUAUAAGAGUGAAUUCUUUGAACUCAGUAAUCAAAACUCUCAUGAUGCAAAAAGUUACUUUUAUGGUAUAUAAAUAGUUUUCAGGGUGAAUCUGGAGAAAUAUCUUUCUGAUGUGAAAAUUUACAGAUGACGUUGCUAUGGGAACAGGAGAAGCAUGUUCUACUGGAACAACAUAAAAUAUCUGUGCUACAUUUUACCCCACAUUAGUUUGUGCCCUGCUCUCCCCAGUAAUAUUUAGUGGUAAUAAUAAUGAUUGUCUACCCCCAAUGGAACUUAAUCUGACACCUAUUAUGUUUACUUAAUUCUAAGAGAAGACAUCGUCUAUGUGAAUUGUUAUGAGAAGGCAGCGUAUAGUCCAUUGUGCAUGCGAGUUUAUUGAUAUUGUGUGCAUUGAAAGCAUUAGUAAUUGAGUAGUCAUUUCUGAAGGGGGCUGGACAGAAAACUGGACCGUGGGGGCCUGAGCUUGCUUGCAUGUUGGAGAUACUGGAUAUCCAAAGAUGUGGAUGUUUUUGUGUUGAAUUAAUUCAGGUAGUGCCACGAGGAAAGAAAGAUGUGGUACCUUGGACAAGGGGUGUGUUGCCUUUAAAGAGUCUUUAACUACUGUUUACCUCAGAAGAACAUGAAAAAAGCCAAAAAAAAGCAAAAAAGAAAGAAUUCUUGUCUUAAUCCCCUACUAUGGGAACUCUGACUGUUGAAAUAUUUUGGAAAUUGAAUUUUUAAUGUGCCGCUACAUUGCUUCAUUGUUUUAUUUCGUUGUUUGCUGGCACAGAGUGGCGAUUUUACUGUUAUUUUAUGUAUUAUAAUAUUAACAUUUUAUCACUUCAAAAAAGACUUAUUUAUUCUACAAUAAGUAGUCGUUUGUAUUGUUUUAAGCAUUUGCUCAAAGAAAAAGGGCUUCAAACAAGUAAGAUUUUCAUACAUAGGCUAUCACAUAUAUCACAUUUAUAUUUCAUUACUAAUUAGCACAGCUUAUUGAAAAUCUACUAUGUAACACCUUAAAUAUUAAUCCAAGUACAAUAAUUCAUGCCAAAAGAUUCUCUUUCUCGCUUAAGAUUUGAAAAGUUGAACUUAGCCUCUACUUUUGAGAAAUUAAGGAAAAAUAUGGAAAUUAAGGCAAGAUAAACAGAUGUCAGAAACUGUAUGAAAAUGUUGCUAGCCUAAUUUGGGAGGCAUUGCUAGACCUGAAUGUACAAGAAAAGUGCAAAAAAAAGAGUAAAAGGUGCACAAACUAAUAAUUACAAAAAAAGAAACUACAGAGGCAGCAGAGUGUGCAAAGAUGUGUGUCUAGCCAAGUAGAAAUUACAGAUAGGGCAUUAAAAGGGGAUUUUUCAAAUGUUCUACAUAA